UUCGUUCCUUCUUCCACGACUGUCUAACGUUCUUGUUCGUGAUUGAUUUUGAUUAUUGAUCAGUCGCAUGGUGAUUGGAAGACGCAUGGAGAUACCUCUUCAAGCAGGAUCGAUUCGAUCCACGUUUCUCUUUUACUUAUUCUGUGCGUUAUGGUUUACUGGGACCGUCAUCGACGGUAUAAGUGCAGCAAAUUUCGCGGGGGAUAUUUUUCGAAGCCAGAAACAUAACGAGCCAGCCAACUUGCGUCUCGAGAAAGAUGCUUCGACUGGAACGGUCCCAUCGAUGCUUCCAACGUGUACCGGGCCAUACGGCAAAGCGGGUCAUUGCGAGUACUUGAAACGAUGUUUUUCCCAGGACUAUGCUUCGAAUUUUACCAUGGCUAUGGAUCACUCGUGCACCAUCGAACGAACGUAUUUAGGAAUUUGUUGCGUGAAACAUUGGAACGGAUUGCGCAGAAAAUCUACGACCCAAGAGAGUUUCGCUGAGAUUCUACCGCUAAUUGCUGUUUCAGCUCACGACGAUGAAGGUCAUGACGAGGCAGGGACGUACGAUAAAGGGAGUAGAAUCGUUUGGUCGGAAAAGGAGAGGACGUCGACGUCUCGACCUCGAAUUCCGGAAGCAUCGAGAGGAUGCGGGACAACGUGGAAAAGUCGAAGCAGAUUGGUAGGUGGCAGACCGGCCGAUCCCAAAGAAUGGCCUUGGAUGGCGGCUCUCCUCAAGGAAGACCAAACUCAGUACUGCGGCGGAGUCCUCGUCACCGAUAGACACGUUUUGACAGCUGCCCAUUGCGUGAACAGCUACAAACCUUGGGACAUCAAAGUCAGGCUCGGCGAAUACGAUUUCACGACCGCGGAGGAGACGAGGGCUUUGGACUUUGCUGUUACCGAGAUACGUGUGCAUCGAGAUUUUGAUUAUACCACGAACGAGAACGACAUAGCGAUGAUCAAGUUACAUCGACCAACGGUAUUCGACAGUUACAUUUGGCCCGUGUGCUUACCACCGGUGGAUCAAACCUUUGAGAACAAGAGCGCGGUGGUAACGGGUUGGGGUACUCGGUACUACAAAGGUCCUGCUAGUACAGUUUUGAUGGAAGUCGGAGUUCCGGUAUGGCCGCAAAAGAAGUGCGCGAAAAGUUUCGUUCAACGAAUUCCCAAUACGACUAUUUGCGCCGGUGCUUACGAAGGUGGACGCGAUGCUUGUCAGGGUGACUCGGGUGGACCGCUGCUGCACCAGCUCGGGAACGGUAGAUGGGUGAACAUCGGAAUAGUGUCUUGGGGAAUUCGGUGUGGAGAAGCGAAACGUCCUGGAAUAUACACGAGAGUGAAUUCCUAUCUCGAUUGGAUAUUCGAAAACGCUGUAUUCUAGAUUCCCGUUGUAUAAUCGAUCACGUUUAAAUCGAGCAUAGAGAAGCAUGAAACGCUGACGGAAAA